CUUCACCCAGAACUGCCAAGUGGCACAAGACAGAAGCAGCCAGCGACACGAGGAGUCAGACGCGGACGCCACCGCCUCACAAAACACAAGGCAUUUCAAGACUCAUCUUUUGAUGACAAGAACCCUGGAAGUCAUGACUGCUUCACGACUUCUCCCUGCUCUCACUCUUGUGCUUCUCCUGCUUAAAGGGAGCAGAGCCUGGUCUUACAACGCCUCCACAGAAAUCAUGACUUUCGACGAAGCUAGUGCGUAUUGCCAGCAACGGUACACGCAUCUGGUCGCGAUUCAAAACCAGGAAGAGAUUCAGUACCUGAACUCCAUCUUGAGCUACUCGCCAACUUACUACUGGAUCGGAAUCAGAAAGGUCAACAAUACGUGGACCUGGAUAGGGACCCAGAAGCCUCUGACCGAAGAAGCCAAGAACUGGGCUCCUGGUGAACCGAACAAUAAGCAAAGCAAUGAGGACUGUGUGGAGAUCUACAUCAAGAGAGACAAGGACACGGGCAAGUGGAAUGAUGAGAGAUGUAGCAAAAAGAAGCUUGCCUUGUGCUACACAGCUGCCUGUACCCCCACAUCCUGCAGUGGCCACGGCGAGUGUGUGGAGACCGUCAACAACUACACGUGCGAGUGCUACCCCGGCUUCAAGGGACUCAGGUGCGAGCAAGCGGUGACCUGUCAAGCGCGGGAAGCCCCCGAGCACGGAAGCCUGGUUUGCACCCACCCUCUGGGGACCUUCAGCUACAAUUCUUUUUGCUCUGUCAGCUGCGAAAAGGGCUACCUCCCAAGCAGCACAGAGGCCACGCGGUGCACGUCCACGGGAGAAUGGAGCGCCCCCGCUCCUGCCUGCAAUGUGGUCGAGUGCGAUGCUCUGACAAAUCCUGCCAACGGAGUCAUGGACUGUUCCCAAAGCUCUGGAAACUUCCCAUGGAACACGACUUGUGCCUUUGAGUGUGAAGCAGGAUUUGAACUAAUGGGAUCCCAGCGCCUGCAGUGUACCUCAUCCGGGAAAUGGGACGACGAGAAGCCAACGUGUAAAGCUUUUCAGUGCAAAGCCUUGUCCCGCCCUGAGAGAGGCUACGUGAGUUGUCUUCCUGCUGCUUCUGGAAGUUUCCAAAAGGGGUCCAGCUGUGAGUUCUUCUGCGAACAGGGAUUUGUCUUGAAGGGAUCCAAAAAGCUCCAGUGUGGCCCUACAGGCGAAUGGGACAGUGAGGAGCCCACGUGUGAAGCUGUGAAGUGUGAUGCCGUCCGGCAGCCCCAGCGUGGCUCGGUGACAUGUACCCAUUCCCCCGCUGGAGAGUUCACCUACAAGUCCUCCUGCGCCUUCAGCUGUGAAGAAGGCUUCAAAUUGCGUGGGUCAGCUCAAGUUGAGUGCACAUCUCAGGGCCAGUGGACGCAGGAAGUCCCUUCCUGCCAAGCCGUACGAUGUUCGGGACUGGCAGCGUUGGGAAAAAUGAACGUGAGCUGUGACGGGGAGCCCGCGUUUGGCGCUGUGUGUGCGUUUGCGUGUCCUGAGGGGUGGACCCUCAACGGCUCCGCAGCUCUGACGUGCGAUGCCACGGGACACUGGUCCGGGACGCCGCCUACCUGCGAAGCUCCCACUGAGUCCAGCAUUCCCUUGGCUGUUGGACUCACCGCCGCUGGGACCUCCCUCAUGACGGUAGCAUCAUUUGUCCUCUGGCUUCUGAAACGCCUGCGGAAGAGAGGAAAGAAAUUUGUUCCUGCCAGCAGCUGCCAAAGCCUCCAAUCAGAUGGAUCCUACCAGAUGCCUUCUGAGUCCCCUUAAGUCUAAAGGAAUCAGGAACACAGUUUCCUCCAGGGAACUAGAGCAAUACCCUGAAGAUGGCAAGGACAGAGAGCACUCCUCUGGUCUCUGGCCCUCCUCACCUCCCACACCUGCUGCCUUUAAGCUGGGAGCGAGGCACCCAUGAGGACUUCACCCAUCCAAACUCCAGUGAGCAAGGCCAGUCUGCCAUCAGCGAGUCAGUCUUCUCUUCGCUGUUCUCUGUGUCUGGAAAGUACUGGCUGAUGGAGGGAAAACAUAUUCUCUUCCAGGCAAAUGUGAAGGGACCCAGGCUCCACGAUCUCAAGAAUUCCUGUUCUAUCUCUCCGCCCCGCUCACUGUGAGAUCUCAGUGGAGAACCACAGGAUUUUGUGGCCUUGCUUCUUUCUUUUGCCCCUCACGGUGUCUCUGCUGAUUACACGGUUGCUGUCAUGGGGCUGAAAUAUUGUCAAGAGUUUAGGGGAAACCGCUUGGCCAAAGAUAUUCUAUCACCAACAUGGAAAAAAAUGACAAUUUUGUAAUGCCCCCAGGCAAGUGCAUGGGGAAAUCCUACUUAAUGCUCUGUGCGAGGAUGACUAAAGCACAGUCUUAAUCACUUUUCUCCCUGUGGGAUUCACUGCUUUUUAAAGUGCCGUAAGAGAUUGUGCUCUCUUUAUUUGCAUUGACGACAGAACAAUCUUCCCUAAUUCUUAAUUCAGUGUAUGUGUUAUAGAGACUCUAAAAUAUGUACACAUUAGGACUGCAACAGGGUAGAAGCGACUUAUCCUAGAUCUUUGUUCAGUCA